GUAUGAUGCUCUCGUGACUAAGUUCCAAGCUUUGGCCGCUGCUCAUAAUAAGCUGCAGACUGAAUACUCUGCAUUGGAGAUAGAGAUCACUCACCGUGAUUCUAAGAUAGAGCAGCUCACGAAGAAGUAUCGGGCUAUGGAGUCAAGGUACGAGACAGUGCUGCAUCAGUCACAGCUGGCUUCCUCCGACUUCACUAUUCUCUUGAACCAAAAUCUUGAACUCAAGCAGGCUCUCGAGGAAAAGAUUGAAAAGACUGGUUUUGAUGAGGAGGAGGCGGUGACGUCUCUACCGUUGGGGCCUCAUCGGUUGGAGGAAACGGAACCGGUGGAUCAGCAUAGUAGGGAGCAUCCACAAUCCGGAGCUCGUUCAAUACCGAAGUCAUUCCGGGGCCUCACUAAGAUGCUCAAGGGAAGCAAAAAGAAGUCGUCCCCAUCAGGCUCGACGGUUGUGGAAGUGAGUAUUGGUGAGAGCCCAGAUUCCCACACACAUCCUAGCGACUCGUCGUCCUUGGCUGAGGAGCAUACUACUACGACUGCUAAGAAGCAUCAUCGUCAUUCAGACGCUGAGGCGGGAAGUGCACUGUCGGGUAAAGGGGAGCCCUAG